AUGAAUGACAAGUCGCAGCAGGCGGGUCCCAAAUCACUCGCAAGAGCUUGUCUAUCCUGUCGUACUCGAAAGAUUCGUUGUGACACCGCGCGACCCCGAUGUGGCGCUUGUACCACGCAAGGAAAGGAAUGUGUCUACAAACAAGAAGCACCUCAUAAAAGACCAACGUUCGCACGCAUCCACGAGCUUCAGAAGCACAUUGCUUCGCUUGAUGCAUUUAUUGGGCAGCUCAGAUCUGCGGCCUCGCCAGACCGUGAUCGACUUUUGACACUGGUCUCGAUAUCGGAUGGACAUGCUCAACUCCCAGAUGAAGACGGUGCGGAAGAAGAGGCUGAAGCACAGUUCCCACCUCAUUCGCAAAAUCUCAGUCACCCUGCAGCACAUCUAAGGGACACGUCCGUCAGAGCAAGGACUUUGACACGCCGGACUAGUUUGGGAAGUCUGGCCGAUUCAUCAGAUGAAGAAUAUGAUAUUGGGCCGUUCCUCUCUGUGGAUGAAGCUGGAAAACCUAGCAGCUUCGGACCCUCCUCCGCGCUGCAUUAUCACCCAAACCCAAGCAAUGGCAACAAUCCGGUGCAAUCUGCAGCCUCGUUGGCAAGAGAUCACAUCCGGAAUUCUUUAAUCGCAGAAGCCGCCUUGCAGCGCCAAAACGAGCGGCACCUGGCUUCCCUGCCCGAUAUACAUGGCGUGCCUACCGAGCUAGCUACUCACCUCCUCGACUUGCAUUGGAGCCGGCAGCAUCACACUCUUCUACUGACGUACCGUCCAGCGAUAAUGAGGGAUCUGCUCCGAAACGGCCCUCAAUGUUCAAGAUUUCUGGUUCAUGCAUUGUUUGCUUGCUCCAGCAAGUUUUCCGCCCGCAUUGAGGUACGGGAUGACCCUGCAGAUCCUUCCACAGCAGGGCGACGGUUCUUUCGGCGUUGCGAUGAGUUGCUCGCGGAAGACUCCCUGCUCAUCUAUCCGAAGGUUCCAACCGUCGUUGGACUACUCUUGCUAGGUUCGAGCUAUAACGCGAGGGGCGAAACCUCGAAAGGGUGGUUGUAUACCGGUUACGCCUUGCGUAUGAUCUACGAUCUGGGCUUGCAUCUUGACCCGAAAGAAACCAGCGACUCCCCCGAGCAGGUGGAAAUCCGAAGGAGGGUGUUUUGGGGCGCAUUCGUGUCUGACAAGCUGCAGAGUCUCUACCUUGGUCGUCCUGCUGCAAUCAACCUUCGGGACUCGCAUGUGUCGCGAGACUUUCUGGAUACCCUUGAGGAGCAGGAAGUUUACAUGCCCUACAUCGACCCCAAAUACCCCAGUCUGCAGCACGCUUCGACUGUUGCCGGUUCUCCCAUUUACUCGGUCUCGACCUUCCAGCAACUGUGCUUGCUGUCCAAAAUCAUGACGAAAAUAAUUACCACCUUUUACGUUGUUGGAGCAAAUCCUCGCAAUGCUCAAGCCAGUCUACAAUUAGUUGACAACGCUUUGCAAUCAUGGCGAGAGAGCCUGCCCGCCAAUCUUGACUUCCAACCUCGAGACAUACAGGGAAACUCAACGCCAUUACCUCCUCCAAAUCUCAUGAAUGUUCACGCACUCUUCCACUCGCUUCUUAUUCUGCUGCAUCGCCCUUUCAUAUCAGAUGGUCAUUUGCGCUGCACCGCUACGCCUGCGUUAUCUUGGGGUCGAUGCACAUCUGCAGCACGAAGUAUCACAAGCAUAGCACAAGCGUGGAAGACAGCAUACGGCCUCCGAGGCGCUCCCUACCUGCUGAGUUACGCCAUAUACGUUGCCUGCACCAUACACGUGCGAAAUUCGGCAGCCGAAGCAAGCGGCUCGAACAGGGAACAUAGAUCCCUCCUUGCGGCGAGCCUAACAUGCCUGGAACAGUUGUGCAUGGCCAACCCUGGGGUUGCAAAACCAAUGAAAAUCAUCCAAAGACUGAUGGAGGCUAGCAAAAUUGAAUUACAUCAGGAGGAAAACGCUUUUCCCAGUUACUCUCCGGCUUCCUUCGAUUUUGAUACCAUUUACAGCAUGUUUCCUGUAAGAAAAGCGGCAAAUCCAAAUCCCCAAUGCUCGGGAGAAGCGUUGUUUGACUCUAACAUCCCGGACGACCCGCUUUUUGGCCUCAUGGACGAAUCCAUGAUAUCGUUUGCUGAUGUGACUGAUACUUUCUUCACUGGGACUUCGGCGUUUUGA